AUGACUUUUAUAGAAGGAGAUUUGCAAGUCAAAAGACCAUUAAGAAGAUAUUGCAAGGAAGUACAUGUUGAAGAUGAAGGACAUGAAAUUACGAAGAGAGGAAUAAUCAGUAUUGCAUACAAUGCAGUAAAAGUGGUUAUUUCCGUUCUCGCUGUAAUCGGACUAGUUAACAUUUUUGGUUCUCACAAUGAUGGAUACGACCCGGAAUUGGGUAAGUUGGAACUUGAAAUAAACCGAAAAAUGUUUGGAGUCAUCCGAAAACUUCAUGACGAGCUGUAUGAAGUAAGGUCUGAACUGGAAGCCGAAAGAGUCAUGACCAUGUUGAGCAUCAAAUUUAGUGAAUCAGAAAAAUUAAUUCACCAAAUCUUCGACUCCGAGAAUCCUCGUUUCGCGAAUGCGUUAGAAUUAUUAUUCCCAGGAAUUACUAUGGGACCCAACACGCCGAAGAAAUACUGGCAUAUGGAAGAAUGUAAAAUCAAUCAAAAUGGAAUAAAAACAAAAUUGAUUAUUAACGUAAAUGGCAUUAAAACGGAUCAAGAUUAUACACUAUUAAGAGCUGAUCCAUUUUAUUUAGCAGUAAAGGAACCGAAGAAUUUAACUGGACAUGAGGAAAUAUGUCUUACGAAAUACAACGGUCCGCAAUAUGUGGUAUAUCAGGAAAAAACAGGUUGUUCAGCAGAAAUUGUGUUUGAUCCUAUAGAAGAACAUCAAACUCCGUUUGUUUUCCAUUCACCAGCCUGCAGACAUGCAAUGAAGUCUGUAGUAAAACAGUGGAAGAAAACCAAAUGCAUGCCACAGGAUCAGAUCAUACCCGAAGAAAUUGUCCAAGUCAAAAUGGAUAAUGAGUUCGUAUACUAUUAUUGUUAUACCCAGAACACAACAAUCAUGGGUAACGAAGAAAAAUGUGCGAAUAAAAUCUAUAAGAUCAAGAAAGGAAAAAAUGUUACCAUCAAUCACCAAGUCAUAAAGUUUCACAAGGUCAGGAUGGAACUAUUCACGAAUAUUGAUACUGAUCUCACAGAUGCGGUUAAUAACAAAAUUUUCCGACAGGACGACGCGGAGAUCGCGUUGAAUCAUCUCGAAAAAAUGAUUCAACAAGAAGAUCAACUAGUGGUGAAAAUCACUAACUCGUAUUUACGUGGAAGAAGUCCGUAA